AUGCCCGUCCGUCCGUCUCUAAAAGGAUCAACCUUCAACGCGGAUCUCCGCGACCGCCAUGUGAUAUACGACUACGACGCACAAGACAGCGCCGGUCGACCCGAGAAAUGGCGAUACGAGAUGUGGUUUCAAAACGAGGACCGCAUCAAUUAUGCAAUCCACGGCGGGCCAAUGGCAGGUCGUAUCAACUUCCAAGCCGCGGAAUAUCAAUGUAUCCGACCAGGUGAGCUAUGGCAAUGCAACUGGCUUGAAGAGACUGGGACAAUGUGCUCGCUGGGCCAUUGGGAGAAGGCGGAGGAUGCGCAUGGCGACAAGAGGAAUCCGGCCGAUUUGGAGAGAUGGAGAGGUCUUGCGAAGAUUGGGAUUCAGACGGAGAGAGUGCUGCUGAGCGAGCAGGCGGAUAUUUUGGAGGACUUCAGGGGGCCCGGAAAUUUGAAGCCUGUUGAUAAUAGUUGGCCGACUUUGUGA